AUGUUGAAGAAGUGUUUGUGGUACUGGUAUAUCUUUACCCUCAAGGUGUCAUUGGUUUUACUUGUAAUUGUUGUGUUUAUUGGAGAGUUUGGAUGUUUUCUAUGGGCUUUUUUUACUUGGAGGAUUCCUGACCAAUCCAGAGAUUCACUGAAUUUACUUCUCAUCUCUGACUCACAAAUCCCGGUAGGUCUACUGUACCAAAAACAACAGACAAAUAUGCUGAACAUACACUGAAUCAUUUUAUUAUCUGAAGUUUUAAUCAAUUAGUCUUUUUUUUUUGUCCUUCUAUUCAGAACCACAACCUUGCAUUUUUUAUGAGCAGUUAUAUUUAGUGACUUAUUAGGCUUCUUCUCUCUUGACAUGGCUAAUAGCACCACUUCCCCCCAAACAGUUAGUUCAGUUAGUUUGAAAACUAAAACCAACAACGUCACAGUCACUUAUAUUUUUUCCAUGUUUCAGGCCAAUGGUUUGUGUUUGAUUUGAGUUGAUUUUCCUUUGUUCUGAUUGGCUGUAGGGUUUCCUUUCUUGGUUUUGGUUUUGUGAUAUUUAAUAGAAAUGAACUCUAACAAAGCUCCUCCUUGGACCCUUUUUUUUCCUGUAAGGGAUACAAGGAAGAACCUGAAGGAAUUCAAGGAUGUAUAACACGUGUGGAUACAGACUGGUAUUUAUUCAAGGCUUUUUAUCUGGCCUUGGCAUCGUUUUCACCUGAUGCUGUUAUUCAUUUAGGUUUGUUUCAUGAUCCCUUCUUCAUUUUUACUUUUUAAGUCCUAUGUGGGGUUGUAUUGUUUUUUAAUUACACAUUUGGGUGUCUCAAGGAAUGUGACCCAGUGUACAGUAAGACUUGUAUGAAGUAGACACCGCCUAAAUUCAGGACUUUUUCUUUAUGUAUUUUUAGUAACCAACUUGUAUUCAACAGACGCAGACCUUUGAUAAGUGUAAUUGCAGGCCUUUGAUUAGUGUAACUGCAGACCUUUGACAAGUGUAACUGCAGACCUUUGAUAAGUGUAAUUGCAGACCUCUGAUAAGUGUAACCGCAGACCUUUGAUAAGUGUAACAAGCCUUCCUUUUCUCUAAGGAUACUUGCAAUCAUUUGUUUUAGUGGGACUUCACUAUAGCUCAGGUUACAUGUUAGGUAAAAAGAGGCCUAUAAGAGAAGAUGUUAUAAGAGAGCCAGUACUGUAGCAGUUGUCAUAUAAAGAGGAAAAUUUCACAGUCAAGCUUUCUAUCACUACACAAAUUGAUAUGGAAAACCUUUAUCAGAAAGACUACUUGUAUUAAGUAGACACCAGUAAGCGUCAUAUGUGUUUCAUGUGACUUUCCUGAUGAAGCUUAUCUCAGUAAAAUGGUGGAUACAAACAAAUAUACCAUAAAACAAAUAUUUCAGUAUGCUUUAAAGUUAUUAAUGCUUAGAUAGCUAAUUUGUCUUUUUCCACUGACUUGGUCAGUCACUCCUCCAUCCUUGGUUUUAACUAGAUGAAAAAACUUCAAAAUUAAUAAAAUGUACAUGACUGUGUGGUAUCCUUAUCAAAGAAGAUUAUAUUACACAGUUCUGCAUGAAUAUCUGCCAACAGACACAAGAGGAGCUGUGUCAUGGGUGCCCACUUCUAAAUCUGAUUUAUUAUUAUUAUUGUUCAUUAUUAUGUCACUUUUUUUUUAUCUUGUGUGAGUCAUAUAUGGUAAUUUAGUUUUGACAUCUCAGGUGACAUUUUAGAUGAAGGAUCAAUUGCUACAGAUGAGCAAUAUGAGGAGUAUAAGGUAAUAGACCAGCAGUAUAUCCUCUCAUUCAGUUAUAUAACAGCUUUGUCAGCUUCAAAAUUGAACCAUUCAUUUGCCAUAAAGAGAUCUUCCCCUCCCAGCCCAGUAUGAAAAAAGCAGAGGGAAAGGAGAGGAUUUGUAUUAUUGCUCUCCUCAAUGCAGAGUAAUGGGGCUUCACUCUUUGUAUGGUCCCAAACAACUUAAUUUUUUCAUCAAGUAUUAAUUUAUCAGUUUUGCUCUGUAGAUGCCUUUGUGAUUGAUUUAAAAAAUUAUAAAAUGGAUAGUUACUAAUUUUAACAAUGUUUUAUAUCUUUUCUAGGCAAGACAUGAUAAGAUUUUCCACACCUUUGACAGAUCUGAAAGGAUCUAUGUUGCUGGGGACAAUGACAUUGGAGGUGAAUGGAGUGAUAUCCUCACAGAACAAAAAACAUUGAGAUUUGAACAACACUUUGGUCCCAUAAAUGAUGUGGUGAAACUGAAGUCUUUUCAAAUAAUUAAGGUAUACUAGUGGAGACAGAUUAAUGUUGUUGUAUAUCAGUGGCAUAGGAAGGGAUGUCCUGUGUGAUGUGGUAGUCUUGCUGUCACCAACGAAAGACAUUUAUGUCUAUGGUAGUUCAUUGUAUUGGUUGAUUAUUGGAUUGCUUGCCACAUUAAGCAGCUGUAGCUCAGUAGCUAGAAAACCUUUUAUGAGUCUUAAAGUUAAAACCAGGAGCACUGUGUCCUUAGGAGUACACAUUAAACCUGCAAAGUCAAGGGACCACUUCUCCCAAGUAUUUACUACGCCUAGAAAGCUAUUUUUGUUUGAUGUUUUUUCAAUAAAGAUCAAGAUGUUAGAGGUUUUGAGGUUCAAGGAAUGAAAUUAUCAGGGAACAAAGCAGAAUGGACUGGUUUUGAGUGGCAACCCAAACCAGUCUUCCUUAGAUUUGUAUCUUGAAAUAUUGCUCUGGGUCUGUUUAGUUACUAGACAUAAUAAAUUAAUCUAGAAAAACUUUCUCAAACAUUUAUUAAAAGUUAUUUUGUUACCCAUUAUUGCUUACACUUAAUUGCAGGAGUAACUGUGCAUUUGAUAACCAGACACUGUUCAAGAGAGUGGCAGAAAUGGAACCUUGGUCACCAAAGCAAAAAUCAAUAUAAGUUUUGAAAUUAUUUUAAAGUAUGUUGUAUGUUUUGAAUUUUUACAGAUCAAUUCAGCAAGUUUGUUAAGAAGAAAACCUUUUAGAGAGGAAAGAAAAAUCUACAAUAAAACUGUAGAUUUUAUCAAUAAUCUUUCUCCAAAACUGGACAAGGAGAAGAUUUCCAUUUUAGUCGGUCAUGUUCCUAUUGACGAAAUUAGUGUAAAACAUGAUGUUCCAUUGCGCAAGGUAAGUUAUUUUCAACAGGCAGAUUCAUCAAAUACCAAACUGAUCUUGCUUUAGUUGUAUUGUUCCAUUGUCGCCAGUUCAUACAGGAUUUAUGUGAGCCUUUUGAUCCUUGUCAGCCUUUGGAAAUGAGACACCAAAUUUGAACCCCUAAGCAUGAAUAUUUUGUGACUUUUUCAGCAGUUUACCACUACUAUACAAGUACUCUAGACUCAGGGUUAAGAGGUCUGGGUUCCAGACCUGGCUGGGUCAAUGUGUUGUGUUCUUGGGCAGGACAAGAGGUGAUCUUGUCCUGGGGGUGAUCUUCUUACAAUGGACUGUGAUCCCAUCCAGGGAGGAGAAAUGUUAGGGAAAUCAGGAUAAGCACCUGCUGGUGGGGUCACAAGGAUCAUGUACAAAGUUUGCUGUUUUGCCUACACUAGUUUUGACCAAUAAUGUUGUAAAUUCCUUGAUGAAUUGAAAUUGUUUGGGAAUCGCUAGAAAGUCAUGGUAAUUGAUUGUCAAAAUUUUAAUGUUUUAAACACAAGAUUGUUUGUUCGUACAUUGAUGGUGAAGAGUUCUCAUAAGAGACUGGUCGAUUAAGAUAAUUUUUGUCUCUAUUAUAAUGAUACUAAUAGUAGUUUAUAACAGCUAUACUAUUUUCCUUUGUUUUUUACUUUAAGUUAAUUCGAACUAUGAAACCAACUUAUGCGUUCUCAGGUCAUCUUCAUGAGGUAAGUUCUAUUUUUUGCUGCUUCAUUUUUUUUUUAAUACCAAGUGAAUGUGACACCUCAUUUUGCUUGAAGACUUAAAAAUUUUAAUAUUUAUGAAUUUGGCAGCUUGUUCUCAAUCAUUAAAGAUUUAUUCUCACAUUAAAAGAGACUUAAAACAGAGGUUAUUGUUUACAGUAAUCAUGAUGAGUUUAAUUGUUUAUUCCAGAGGGAUUUUGGGUUAAUUUAUAAACAUCUGAAAUUGUUGUUGAUUUGAAAGUGAAAUCUUUGGCAUCUUGGCAUAAAUUUUGUUCCUUUUAGAGACUUAUAUUAGGGUGAGGACUAUGUGCAUCAAGAGACUUUUAUUCUGUCAUAUUUUCAGUCCCCCCUCCCUCCCCUCCUCAUUAAGCAGUCAUUUGACCUAGAACUAAUCUCACCAUUUAUGUUGCUUUUUAGCCAGCCACUGUUCAACAUGAGUUCGGAAUAUUUACCUUUACAGAAUAUGUGGUGCCUACCUGCAGCUAUCGCAUGGGAACGAAAAUGAUGGGGGCAGCCGUGGCAGUUGUAGGUAUGGUGUCAGCACCAACAAACAAUCUCUGUCACUAUAAUGACUUUGGGCCUGAUAAAAAUGUGCAUAAAGAUGUGAGCCUUACUCUGAGGUGUUGGCUUCCAACUUUUGGUAAAGAGCAAGAGUAAAAAAAUUGAUUUUGCUGAUCACUGCUAUAUUCCUUGGUAUGAGGAAGGCAUGAUUUUAAGUUGUAUCAAUAGUAUUUCAGCCAAUAUACCCUGUAUGUUUUUGAGGUGAAUCUUAUGGCUGAAGAUUAUUUCUUAAUUUCUGAAAUUUACAGGUGCAGUAUGAUUGUUUGCUUAUAUAAUUUUGUAAGUCUGUAGGUCUGAUAGGUAUUUUAAAAUAACUUUUUGCUUUACUUCAAGGUCAUCAGGCUAUGACAUAACUAUUUGAGUUGCUUGGAAUGUAGGGGAAACCAAAGUGUGCAGUUUGACAAAAAGAAAAAGAAAAUACUUGAAUUAUAUCAGAGCAAACCAAAGAGGCAGAGAAUGUUUAAGGGUGAAAGAUUGACACAGACUGAAAAUGAGGGGACAGCACUGCUGAGCUUCCUUAAACUGUGACAUGUUUCUUUGAAUGCAGGUUAUCAUUUUAUCCAUCUGAGACCAUCCCUUGUUCUUUAUACAUUUCCUGAGGUGCUGACAAGGAGAAAUUGUUUAACAAUCAAGAGCUUCUUUUUUCUUGACCUUAAUGUAUGAUUCAGGGGUAACACUGAAAGGAUUUCUGCACUAGUCACUCUUAGGGAUUAAAGGGCUAAUAACUUUUUUCCCCACAAACCAUACAUUUAAUUUGUGUUUAUUACAAGAGGAUGUCCUUCUAUUUUAUGUCUAUAGAAAAUUUUUAUUUUGUUGUUUCAGGUAAUGAUGGCUCCAUCGCGUAUUCCAUUCUUCCUCUCCCAAGUCGAUACUUAUUUCUUCAUGUGUACUUGGUGUCCUUGUGUGUCUCCCUGGUAAUAUCACUACCUGGGUUCAUGAUAUUUGUAAUUCAAAUGUUGGAGAAAAGACUUGUGGGCACAAAACAUGACCCUGUAAUCAUGAAAUUGAAGGAUUUAUGACAUUCAAAGAACAAACCACAUCAGAAUCAUAGGGAUACCAAACACAAUUUUAGUGCAACCUUCAUAUUCUCUUGAUAAAGCAGUUGUUAUUUCUUAUUGUUCCCAAUCCGAACAGAGGAAUUUGAAAUAAAGCGAAG